AUGAAAUUACAUUUUUACCCUCUCUUCUUCUUCUUCCUCGUGGCUACUCCAAUGAUGGCGCACGAUUACUCCGACGCACUCUCAAAAUCAAUCCUUUUCUUCGAAGGCCAACGCUCUGGCUACCUCCCAAACGACCAACGACUGACGUGGCGACGAAACUCCGGUUUAAGCGACGGUUGGAAUUACAACACCGAUUUAACCGGCGGUUAUUACGACGCCGGAGAUAACGUUAAAUUCAAUUUUCCGAUGGCUUUUACGACCACGAUGCUCGCUUGGAGCGUAAUCGAAUUCGGAGAACUUAUGCCUUCGUCGGAAUAUCGUAACGCACUCGUCGCUCUACGGUGGAGCUCUAAUUACUUGCUCAAAUCAGUUUCUCAGCUACCUAACCGUAUCUUCGUACAGGUAGGUGAUCCAAUAGCAGAUCAUAAUUGCUGGGAAAGACCUGAAGAUAUGGAUACACCACGGACUGCUUACGCUGUAAACGCCCCUAAUCCGGCUUCUGAAGUCGCCGGUGAAACCACAGCCGCUCUCUCGGCCGCUUCAAUCGCUUUUAGAUCAUCAGAUCCAGGAUAUUCUCAAACAUUGCUCCAAAACGCUAUUAAAUCAUUUCAGUUCGCUGAUAUGUACCGUGGUGCUUAUAGCAGCAAUGAGGAUAUCAAAAACGACGUUUGUCCUUUUUACUGCGAUUUCAAUGGAUUUCAGGAUGAGUUAUUGUGGGGAGCAGCUUGGCUAAGAAAAGCGACCGGUGAUGAAAGUUACCUUAACUACAUUGAGAGUAACCGUGAACCGUUUGGUGCUAGCGAGAACGUCGACGAAUUUGGUUGGGACAAUAAAGUUGGUGGACUUAAUGUUCUCGUUUCAAAGGAAGUGAUAGAAGGGAAUAUGUACAACUUAGAGGCGUACAAAGCGUCGGCAGAGAGCUUCAUUUGUAGUCUUGUGCCGGAGUCGCCGGGAGUGCACGUGGAGUAUACCCCCGGCGGUCUCCUCUACAAGCCCGGCGGUAGCCAGCUUCAGCACGCGACCACCAUAUCAUUCCUUCUCCUUGUCUAUGCUCAGUAUCUUUCAAAAACCUCCCUUUCCCUCAAUUGCGGUAGCCUCACCGUCCCUCCUGAUUAUCUCCGACGUCUUGCCAAGAAACAGGUGGACUAUAUUUUGGGGGAUAAUCCGAUGGGACUAUCGUACAUGGUCGGGUACGGAGAAAGGUAUCCAAAGAGGAUCCACCACCGUGGCUCAUCAUUGCCGUCAAUCGUGGAUCAUCCAGGAGCCAUCGGGUGCAAAGACGGGUCGGUUUAUUUCAACUCGACCGAACCAAACCCGAACGUUUUGAUUGGAGCGGUGGUAGGUGGACCCGGAGAGGACGAUAAGUAUGAUGAUGACCGGUCCGAUUUUCGCAAGUCCGAACCCACCACUUACAUCAAUGCUCCUUUUGUUGGUGUAUUGGCUUACUUUGCAGCCAAUCCUGGUUUUAGCUGA